AAUAUUGAUUAGUGAUGAGCACAGAGGCGUGGUGUCGCUGCUCUCCACACCUGCAAACAUUUAAAAGUGGCGACAAACUGCAGUGUGCGUUUUGUUGGAUGUUCACCGGGGCUUUAGGAUAUCACCCGCAGCUAUUUUUCUCUUGUAGCUGUCGCGGAACACGGCUAAAAUGUUGCCGGACGCAUACGGGUGCGUUGUGGCAAACCGGUUCGGGGAUCUCCUGGAUGACGAAGCGGAUCCUUUCGACCUGAUCGGCGAGGUGCAAAUGGAGAAGGAGAAAAAGAAGAAGAAGAAGGACGAGGAGGACAAGAAAGCCAAGCAGAAAAAACCUGGACAGAAGGAAUCCCAGAAGGACAGGCGCGUCCGAGCCGGGUGUGAUGGGCAAGACCCGUUUCCAGUCCGUAAGCAGCAGCAGCCACAGCAGCAGCAGCAUGCACGCUCUACAUCAGUGACCGAGAGCAGAGAAGACAGAGAAGAGGCCCAGAGGGGCAUGAAAAGACCUUCUGCUGUGCAGCGUAGGGUCGUCCGAGAGGAGAACCCGCCAGAGUUUUCUGUCCCCAAGCCUUAUUAUGAUGCAGACACGGAGUCCAGGGGCAGAGGUGGGUUCAGAGGUAGGAGAGGGUUAAGAGGUGGAGGAUAUACAAGAAACCAGGACAACUUCAACCUGAGGGGCAAAAGGGAAUAUGAUCGACACAAUGGAACAGGCAUCUCUCCUGAGGAAAAGAGAGGAGGCAGAGGACCUUGGAACUGGGGCUGUGUUGACGAAGCUUCCAGUGAAUUGAUGGAGGUCAAAACUGAUACUCCAGUCAAAUCUGAGGAGCCCCAAGGACCUGCAGAGGAAGAGGGUCUGAAGGGAGAAGGAGAUGAGGAGGAUGCAGAGAUGGUGGUCCAGGUUGCCGUGGAGAUGACCCUGGAUGAGUGGAAAGCCCUGCAGGAGACGAGUCGUCCCAAAGCAGAGUUCAACAUCCGCAAAGGAGAGGAAAAGAUUCCCUCCAAAGCCAAGGUCAUCCACCAGUCAAAGCGUGUGGAGACAAUCAAGGGAACCAUGGAGGAUAUAGAGGACGAAGGGAACUUCCUUCGCAAGUCUGUGAAUGAUAUCACCUCCCUCUUGGACAUCAACUUUGGGAGCCUUGGACGUCCCAAUCGUGGUGGCCGAGGAAGGGGAGCCCGAGGUGGCCAAGGUACUCGCCCCGAGAGAGUCGUCAAACCCAUGCUGGAGAGGGUAUGUUCUCAGGAUGAUGUCCUGGCACCUAACAUAGAUGACCCGGAAGACUUCCCUGCACUGUCGGGUGGACGAUAAAUUCACUCCCCAUUCACCUCCUGCUACAAAAUGUGCCAAGUCAUGUUUCUGCUGCUCUUGAGGUUUUGGUGCAUCACUGUUCAAAUAAACGCUUUUGCAAGUUUA